AGUCCCGUGACCCAUGUUUUGUGCCUGCUGUGGGUAGGAGAAGAUGAAGUGGACCCAAUGAGAAGUAUGAGGAACUCAGAUGAGCAACAGGGAGGCCCUGGUUGUGGGAUAACACCAUCUAGAUGGAUGUGUGGGAUUUGAGGCAUCAUUGGUGGACAGAGUGCUGAGUGGGGCUCGUUGUAUUAACGAGGCCUUUAGAUGGGUUGAUGUUCUGUCCUAAACUUGAAUUCUUGGGGCACCCAGCUGUGAGUGGGACUUGAUCCUGGGGCAAAGAUGGCCUCCUACAGCCCCUCCCCCUCCCAGUUUGUCAUCCUCCCGGCAGAAGAGGAACCCUCACACUGACCGCAUUGGUUCCUUAACAUUCCCUCAAGAGAUCACUUGCCAUUGGACAAAUGUCAGCCAGAGCAGGAGCUCGGCUCUGAGACAUGUCACAGUCGUCAGGUAGCCCUGGGAGAGGCAGGGGAAAGAGCAGGUUGUAGAUUUCCAGCUGAUGAGGCCCCAGGAGGUUCAAACACCUUCGUGUCUGGUCCUGGACUGCUGAUCUGGAGAGAGUGCUAGCAGGACACAGCUCUCCCUCUAGGGCAGGAUGGCUCAGGAUCUCAGUGAGAAAGAGCUGCUGAGGAUGGAGGUGGAGCAGCUGAAGAAGGAAGUGAAGAACCCUCGCGAUCCGAUUUCCAAGACAGGAAAGGAAAUCAAGAACUAUGUUCAGGCCCAAGCAGGGGCUGACCCUCUGCUCCAAGGCAUCCCAGAAGACAAGAAUCCCUUCAAGGAGAGAGGCACUUGUGUGAUAAGCUGAUGGCCCAGAACACCCCCCCCCCUUCCUGUCCCUCCUCAGCCAGGCCCAACCCAGCCACCAAUGUUUACCUCCUCUUAGACUUAAAAUGAGUAAAGAUGCUGAAGAAAAAAUA